UUUCCUUUCUGUAACACACACGCUACAAGAACACACCGGGAAAAAAAACGGAGAGAGGAAAGAAAAUAAUAGAAGAGAGGGAGAAGGAAACACCGCAGCCCCUCCGUUGGUUGGUUGGUUGGUUGUUUUUUUUUGGGGGGGGGGCAGAGAUCGCCUUUUCUUCUAACGCAGACUUGCGGACUAACAUGGGGGGAAGAGAGAGCUCCUGACGAGGAUUGACUUUCAGUGAACCUCUGCUCUGUGGUACAAGUCUGCUCAUAGACAGGGAGGAAAAAGGCGACGGGGGAAGACAUGUUGAGGGGUUUUUCGUCUUGAGGUUGCGGUAGGAUGUUGAUGUUGUUGUGCUCUUAAAAACAGACGGCUCUCGUUGGAGGAAAAAAAAAGAGGCCAAAUGGAAAUUGGGCGGUAGGCUAUGCUCAGGAGCCAUAUCGGUGUUUAUUUAAUUGGUUUGUUAUGAUCUGAAAUAACGUAGGCCUCUCAGGCAGCCCCGCAGUAAAUAAAUACACGGUCAGCAAACAGGAGCUACAUAGCUGGAAAUUAACUAUUUAUAUGUAAGGGGACAUUUUUAAAAAAAUUUGAUCCGCUGUUUUUUUCUCCCCCAGUAAGUGUUUCUGAGCUAAUUGUUUCUAAAACCAAAGUCGGUGUUAAGAUUCAUCCAAAACAUUUCCAGCCUACAUCAACUCUUGAGGGGGGUCAUACAAAGGCCCAGUAGAAAACACAGUGAAGGCUACUUGGCAUCAUUAUAAGACUGUUUUAACUGCACAGGGAACAUUUCCACAGGCUGGCUCCAAGCACAAAGGUGCACAAGACUAGUGUUUACCUCCCCAGUUUAUAGCUUAAGGCAGGAGACAUAAGAAGAUUUUUAAAUGUUAAUGUCGACCGACGUUGCAUCCAUCAUGCUGCCUGUGUCCCGGGGUCUCAUGGACCGGGAUAGAGAGCUGGACACCAUGGCCGGGGUGCACCCCAACGCGGGCGGCGCUCCUGCAGCUGUCCGGGGAAUGAAGCGCGGAGACCCGGAGCCCGACGGACAGACAGCGGCGGCUCUGGUCGACUCGGCCGGAGCUGAGUGCAAGCGUCCCCGGAUCGACGGCUCGGGAGGGCUCGGCGAGGUUGGUCAGAACAACGACCCUUUGACCCUUGGUUACCAUGGAUACCCGUCUCAUAGUCAGGGCUCUCAGGAUAGUGCUGGCGGCCAGGACGGACUCGUACCUCCACCCUUCUCCGCGUUCCCUCCACCUCCACCGCCGCCCCCCCAGAACGGCCUGACCCUGGAUUACGGGGGCAGCCUGUACGCAGCGGGGGCCGUCCAGGGCCCCGUGGAAGCCGGCGGAGUAGCGAACAGCGCCGCCAACGCCGCCAACAGCCUCAGCGCACAACAGUCAGACGGGUCCUCUCAGAUUGAUGGCCAGUCAGGGGUCGGCUCGGGGGGAGGAGGUGGUGGAGGGAGCAUCGGUGAUGAUUCAGAUGCCAAGGGGACCCCCAAACGCCUCCACGUGUCCAACAUCCCCUUUCGCUUCCGAGACCCCGACCUACGGCAGAUGUUUGGGCAAUUUGGCAAAAUCCUGGAUGUGGAGAUCAUUUUCAAUGAAAGGGGAUCCAAGGGCUUCGGUUUUGUAACAUUUGAGACGAGUGCAGAUGCAGAGAGAGCCAGAGAGAAGCUUCACGGUACACUGGUGGAAGGACGUAAAAUCGAGGUCAAUAACGCCACAGCCAGAGUGAUGACAAACAAGAAGAUGACCACCCCGUACUCUAACGGAGAGGGCCUCGCUGCUCUACCAUACGCUGGAUGGAAGUUGAGUCCGAUGGUCGGAGCGAUGUACAGUCCUGAACUCUAUACAGGUAAUACAGCAGUUCCAGGGUUUCCGUACCCAGCAGCAGCAGCAGCGGCCGCCUCCACCGCUGCGACCUUUCGGGGUGCUCACCUGCGGGGUCGUGCCCGGCCCGUCUACAGCGCAGUCAGGGCAGCUGUGCCGCAGCCUGCCAUCCCUACCUACCCGGGUGUGAUGGCCUAUCAGGAUGGUUUUUACGGUGCCGCUGAUCUCUAUGGUGGCUAUGCAGCGUAUCGUUACGCCCAGCCAGCUGCGGUAGCGACUCCCGCAGCAGCAGCGGCCGCAGCAGCAGCUUACAGUGACAGCUACGGACGAGUUUAUACGGCAGACCCCUACCAUGCUGCACUCGCCCCGGCUGCCUACGGUGUUGGAGCCAUGGCCACGCUGUACAGGGGAGGCUACAGUAGAUUUGCCCCUUACUAAAGACACUACAUUUCCCAGGAGCUCCUCUCUUCCAUUGAAUUACUCUGAAAGAGCUCCCUCUGUUGUCGUGGAGGUGGACUGCACCCAGUUUUAAAGUGUGGAGUCGACCACAGCAAAGAUAUUUCAGAUCCCAUCCCAGAGCAGUCCCACGUUUUCUUAUAUACGCUACUACAGAAAUAGAGGAAUGCUGUAUUAAAGACUGAUGGAUGGCCUUUACAUAAAAAAAAGAAGAAAAAAAAAGACUUAAAAUGGUCAUCUUCCCUUAUUGCACGGCUGUAUUAUAGUCCCCCUUCUUAUGCCCUCAGCACUCAGCAGCACAAGACUCGGGAUGGAGCCCAGAUGUUCUUCCAAAGGCUGUAUGUGGAUAACUGACAUUUAAACAGCUGUCAACCAUGUAUGAGAAGGAGCUGAGUGCUGUGUGUCUGCACACACUCAACAUUUAAGGACAGAGAAAGAGAGGGAGAGAGAGAGAGAGAGAGGGAAACAAGCAAUCAAGGUGUCCACAAAAACGUUGGAUUGGUAGGAAGCGAGACGGUGCUUCAGAACAGCACCAGAAAACAUUUUGAAGCAGAAUGACGAGUCACUAAAAUGAUAAAACUCCCACUGAUGGAUUUCAUAAUUCCUUCUUAACGUGGGCGGAUAGUAAUGAGAGGCUUUCCAUUCUUGCCGUGUUGUGGUAGAGGGAGGCUGAACAUGGCGGCUUUGGAGGGAUGAUGAUGAUGAUGAUGAUGAUGAUGUGACUGUUUGUAACGCUACAGAAAUCACGUCCGAAAGCUGAAGGAGGGAGGGUUAUUAGAGCUGUUCCUUACCUCAAGUUUUCUUAGUAUGUGGAAAUGGUGAACCUUUAAACUUAAAUUGUUAUGAUAUGCAAAGAAAUUAGUUUAGAGAAAAAAGUUACCAAAUUAUUAUUAUCAUUAUUAUUAUUAUUAUUGUAAUUAUUCUUCUUAAUAUCAUCAUUUUGUUUGACUCAGCAGUUACAGCUGUUUAUGGGACAUGUAGUUUCCCCAGUGAACCUUGGGGUUAAAAUCCAAAAAUGAGCUUCUAUAUGAAUAAUAUUCCACCUUUUUGACUAUAUGACACAACUAUAGUCUCACAUCAUCCUUCUCACGCACAGGAUUUCACUACACUCUGUGUGCAACCACCACUACACACUACUACAAAACGUGCAACACUACACUAAGAACAUUUUCUCCUUUAGUUGAUUUUUUUAGCUUUCGAGACGAAGGAAAGUCAUGUGAUCUUCGCCCACAACCCUGAGGUUCAAGUAUUCAGUGAUCCUUUCAUUUUAGAGAUUUAUUAUUUGGAUUUUCCCCUCAUGCUCCAUCUUUUAUAGAGCGAGUCCAACAUUGAAUGAGUCUUCCUGAAAAUACUUUAGUUGGUAAUUGUGUUUGAGAUGCUGCCAGCAGCGAUUUACUGAGCAAGAGAGAUUCUGUCGUCGAGUUCAUAGAAAAUAUUUAAAUGCAAAACACCUUACUAUUGUGCAUAUUUCUAUACCGUUGUAUUCUAUAUUUCCAAAUGUGGCUUUUUUUGGCUUUUGUUUUUGUUCCAAAGAUUUGUAGAAAGCACAUUUUUCUGCCGUAUGUAUAAAUAUAUUAUCUUUGUUAUUAUCAUAAUCCUUGAUAGUCCUAUUGCUGUUUUUAUUUUGCUUUCUUUUCUUUUUUUUUCUUUUUUUUAAUAUAUAUCUGUAAGUGUUGUUCCUUCUCCAAUAAGGUGCAAGUUGAAUUUCAAGCUUGGUUUUUUGUUUAGUUUUUUUUUAUUUUUUUGCUUUGAAGUAAAGUUGUUGAGGCGAGAGCGUACCUGCGGAGUUAAACGGCGGUACGCAUGUAACACUACCAAACCUUUGUCCUCUCAGUUAAAUACUCAGUCAGUCACUGACUGCUGCUUUAUUUGUUUUUGGUUUAUUAUAGAAUCUGCUAGCAUGACAUUUGAUUAUGUUUCAAAAUAUCCUAUAAUUAAAUUUUUUUUUUCUUUCCACGUCCAUAUUUUUCAGAUACAUUUGGAAUGAAUGAACCAUUAGCCUGUAGCACUUUGGUUAAAGCAAACUGCUUUCUUCUUCCUUCAUUUCUUUUUGGUUGAAUAGUCUUUUUAAUGCAGACUCCUUACAUUUCAGUGGUGAAAUCUGUCAGCUUGGCCAGUGUGGUCGUUUCAGGUUCGUUUGACGAUAUCCAGUAAAAUGUCUGAAAGUGUUAUAUCACUCAUACAUACGCAGGUUAAUAUUCCAACAUGGUGAAAAACAAAAUGUCAUUGUGGGAUAUGAGCUAAGUUGUGUGUAAAAUGGGGCAGUGAGGUUUCUAUAACCUUUUUUAUCCAUUAACUAAUUUCAUGGCUACACAGGUCAAUGAGAUGUUUUGUUUGUUUGUUUUUUAUUAUUAUUAAAUGUGCUGCUGUAGGAUUUUCUUAAAGUCAUGAUGUUCGACAUUUCUUUUCCAAAAUAUCUCCAUAUUACUAAUCGAAUGUGCUCUGGACAGAAUGGGAAAAAAAAAGAAACCUAGCCAAAGAUGCUAACAGUCCCCAGCACGUUCUGGUUCCCAACUUAAGAAGUGCUACACAAAAA